AUGUCGGCCAAGAAGAUGCAGAUGGGGCGGCAAGCGCCCGGCGGCGUCCUCGUCUCGCCUAUCUCGGUUGCCCACCGCAAUCGGUGUCUCGACAGCGACAGCGUGAAUCCUGUCCGCGCGCAGUGGAUGGCCAACCUCAAGAAGCGCGCGGACGCAGCGUCGUCGCCGCGCGUCGACGAGAAGGCCGAGCCCAUGAAGGCGUACGGGCACAUCGAGUACACCGGCCGGCCCGGCGUCCGGGUCGAGCCCAAGACGUCGGCGCAUGUCGAUAUUUUGCCCAAGAAACUCAUCAAGCCGCUGCUGAAGAAGCGCCCCAACUGCCCGACGAUGCUCGAGCUUCAAGCCGGCAAGCCGCGGACGCCUCGGCGAAAGAUGAACGGCGGUGGCUUUGACAGCGACAUGCAGAUCCAGACCGGCUUUGGCCCUCUCGACGGGUGCUUUCCUGGCGUCGGCACGCCGACCGCCCACCACCGACGUGGCCCGGCGUCGCCCGACAUCAUGGACCCGUUCUCGGGCAUCGACUUUGGCCCGUUCGACACGUUUCUGGAUCUGCCGACGCCCAAGAACAAUGCGCUGCAGCCGUGCGCGCCGCCGUUUCCGGUGAUGGAAGCCACCGAGCUCGCCAAUGCGUUCCAGCAGCCACCGCUCUUGGUGCGAGCGACCAGCGUCGAGCAAGAAGGCCUGAGCCUCUGCUUUGAGCACACCCACUUGGGCAAUCCUUCGCAAAGUAGCAGCUCCCACAACGUUCCGCCGUCGCCGUUCGGGCUUCGUCCGUCGUACGUUUUUGACUCGACCAAGCACCACCCCGAGUUUGACAUUCUCGACUUUAACGACUCGGACAUUGACAAGGAAGUCGACAGCUUCUACUUUGACGGCGACGACAACAACGCCGACAACAACUCAUUCGACCACGACGAGAUUGAACUCAUCUCGACGUAG